UUGCAGGCACCCAAAAAGGCAAAGAAGAGGGCAGAUGGAGGAGCUGGUUCUAAUGUGUUCUCCAUGUUUGACCAAUCCCAGAUCCAGGAGUUUAAAGAGGCCUUCACCAUCAUGGAUCAGAAUCGGGAUGGCUUCAUCGAUAAAAAUGACCUGAGAGACACCUUUGCUGCCCUGGGUCGGCUCAACGUCAAGAAUGAAGAGUUGGAAGCCAUGGUGAAGGAGGCCCCUGGUCCCAUCAACUUCACCGUCUUCCUGACGAUGUUUGGUGAGAAGCUGAAGGGCACAGAUCCAGAAGAGACCAUCUUGCAUGCUUUCAAGAUUUUUGAUGUUGAAGGAAAAGGUGUCCUUAAGGCAGACUUCAUCAAAGAAAAGCUCAUGACCCAAGCAGACCGGUUCAGUGAAGAAGAGAUCAAGCAGAUGUUUACAGCUUUCCCUCCAGAUGUGCGCGGUAAUCUCGACUAUAAGAACCUGUGCUAUGUCAUCACCCAUGGUGAAGAGAAGGACUAGGGGAGGGGGACCCCCCCAGGGUCUCCUCUGGAAGCACUUAGUGGCAAAGGUGAAAGGGAAAAGGAAGCCUCUACAGGAGACCCAAGAGAAGAAAAGUCCCCCCUCUGUCAUGUGGCUCAUCCCUAAAGAACCAAAAAUAAUAAUUAAAAAAAUGGAAAUGAG